AGGAUAAGAAGCGUAGGAAUUUGUAAAAAUGAUUUUACUGAAGAUUGAGUGUGAUUAAGUCUACUGAACGCCUUGAUAUUUUGUACCGACUUUCCACUUUUAAUAGCCUUCAGUCUAUGCUAAGAAUUAGCCACGCCAGGUAGGUAGCUUGUUAACCAAAACUUCCUCAACACUCAUUUUUGACACGUCCAUCAUGCUGGUUGUCAUUUGUAAAGCUGAUAAACAACUAUCACAGCUAUUAUCACACCACGUUUUUACUAUGACAAUAUUUAGCUAAGUACAGUAGUUAUAGCCUCCCUGUAAACAAGGGUGUAUUCAUUACGCCUAUACUUAGGCAAAACUUUUUCGAAACCUAUUCAGUCUGUUGGUGUAAAUUAGGUGGUUUCCAGUUUCCACGAUCACACCAAUCCAUUCCUUGAUAAUCCACGAGGGGGUGUACAGUCCUCUUUUAGGACAAUGGUGUGACAAUUCCAAUUUGACCUCUCUCCCAACUUCAUAGACAUGUUGGAUAGGUCUCAGCAGAGUUAUAUAUCGACGUCCAGUAGAGUGAGAUUUGACGAUAGACGUUCCAGCGAUAUUUCCAUCAAACUAUUUAAUGAGAGAAUCCUGUCUGCCAUCAAGAGCGUCAAGUCACUUUCUCACUGGACAAUGGGUGAAAUACCAGUGUACAAUCGCAGCAGCAAGAUUGGUGACCUGUUGCCACAAGAAAAUGGCAAUUUAUUUCAUCUUUACCUAAAUACCUAUUUGUUUAUUUCCCCCUUUUGUACUUGAACUAUUUGCACAUCAUUAUAACACUAUAUAGACACAUGACAUUUUAAAUGUAUUUUUCUUUUGAAACUUGUGAGCGUAAUGUUUACUGUACAUUUGUUUUUCACUUGCUUUUGCAAUGUUUACAUGUUUCCCAUGCUAAUGUGGCCCUUUGAAUUUAAAUGUAUACUUUUGAGGAGAUGGGAAAUGUAUGCGUCGGCAGUGUGCGGAGCAUUCUGGAAUAAGGAGAGCUCUCCUUCAAUUAGUGAAUAGCAGUCAAUUGGGCACUAGCUCAAAAACCAAACAUUAGCAAUUUCGUCAAGAAGUACAACAAUGCAAAUGUUUUCCGACAUAUAAAUAACUUGUUCUCUGUGAUAUCGUAUAGCUUUGGAAUCGUAACAUUACGUACGUUCGGGGAAAAUAAGCAGGUUUCUCGAAAACCUGAUUUUGAGAAGCGAUGGCGUGGCGAUUAGCUUUGCAACCGUGUUGACGCAGCAUGACAACGUGAACGCGAUUGGUCUACAGGCUGCUUGGUGAUGCGUUAUACGUUCAGUUCAUUGACCAAUGGGAUUCCUUUCUCCUCUUUCUAAUAUAUCUGCCUAAAAUUUGUGGUCGAGCUUGCUGAGUAGGGACCGAAUGAACCCUAUCAACGUGAUUUUGACACAUUGCUUAUAGCUAGCUAAAUAUCAUACGGGCACAUUUAGGUUCUUAUGGGGAACAAAGAUUGUUCCCAUAAUUAGUUAAAAAUAACAGCAAACGUGAGCUAAAUCGGAAUGAUUCCCUGGAAGCUAUCAUUAGCAUUGUUGGCUAGCCUGCCAGCUGGUUUAGUACUUUAAAUUAAUUUUCGUCAAAUACUUAAUUAGCUCUCUGAUAAUGCUGAACAAAUCCUUUACUUGCAAUGUAAUUUUGUAAAUCAAAGUUACCUAGCUCACAUUUAUCAGCUUAUAUAUAUUGAUGUACAGGUAGUGGUUAGCAUGCUAGCACACCAGUUAAAGUGAGGCGAUUGAUUCGUCUCCUUUGGCAUGAUGGUGCUCUCUAGCUAGUUGGAGUUCUUAUUAUAGCUCAGUGGCUAAGAGACUGCAUCACAAAGAGCUCACCACUCUUGGUUGUUAAAUUGCACAAUUUUGAUUGGUCUGUCACGAUGGAUCUUCAUUUUUACUCUGACCUCUCUGAUGGCACCGAUCAGAAUGCCGACCAGGAAUUCUUGGAAGCACAGGGUUAUAAUGGAUACGACCCAGUUAACAAGUUUCCAGGAGGCAGUGAUACUUACCUCACCAUCUCUGGGGCAGGUCAUCCUUUUCUCUCCUCUGAGCAGACAUUCCAUACCCCCAGUCUUGGAGAUGAAGUGUUUGAGAUCCCUCCCAUCUCCCUGGACCAGGACUCUGCCCUCAGUGUGGGGGACGAGGUGUCCCAUUUUGGGGAACUAUCGGGGGGAGCAGGGGGUCCUUCUGGGGUUGGAAGCCUGGCGAGGAAUGCUGUGGUGGGGGGCAAUGACCCCUCCUUUGCCUCCACCUAUGUGAACCCAAACUCUCAGGGCCUGGAGCACCUGAGUCUUAGGGUGAUGAGCCAGUCUGGAGGGGGGGCCCUGCUCAGCUCAACACUGGGGGUGGAACUUGGCCACUCCAUUGGCUCCCAUUUCAGCAACUCCUCUCCAAUGACCAUUGAUGUCCCACUUGGUGACAUGAAUCAUGGCCUAUUGGGACACAAUCAGCUAACCACUAUUGAUCAAUCAGAGUUGAGUGCCCAGCUUGGGCUUGGUCUUCAUGGCGGGAACAUUCUGUCCCGUUCCAAGUCCCCUGACCAGCUGUCUGCCACGCCUUCUCCAGCAGGCUCCCUCCAGGAUGAUGACAUGGAUGACUUCAGGAAGAGUGUGCUGGUUGACUCUCCAAUGUCCCUGUCGGUCUCCCCUGCAAUUCUCUCCCACCUCUCCACCAUGCCAGGCUCUGCCCCCAUGCUCUCCUCCUCCAUCUCCCCUGCAUUAGUGAGGCGCGGCGGGGGAAAGCCGGCCAUGUUGGCCGCUACGGCAGGGCCUGGAGGAGGGAAGAAGGGAAAGAAGAAGAAAGACCCCAACGAGCCCCAGAAACCUGUCUCUGCGUACGCCCUGUUCUUCAGGGACACCCAGGCUGCCAUCAAGGGCCAGAACCCCAAUGCCACAUUUGGAGAGGUGUCCAAGAUCGUAGCCUCCAUGUGGGACAGCCUUGGGGAAGAGCAGAAACAGGUGUAUAAGAGGAAGACGGAAGCAGCGAAAAAUGAGUAUUUGAAGGCAUUAGCAGCUUACAGAGCCAAUCAGCUCUCACAGCCCUCUAUUGAGAUGAUGGACACGGCCUCUUCACCACCACCUCCAGUGCCUGAGCCAGUGAAUGUGGCCCUCCUGGCUCCCACCCGCCCCUCCCGCCUCCCCCAGCACAACCCUGACCAGAAUACCAUCACCAACAUCUGCACCUCCAACAUCAUUCUAGACGUCCCCCAGGUCACCACACGCUCCCGCACAGGGGCUCACAAGCCCCUCACCCUGGGCCCCACAGCCACCCCGACCCUGAUCCCAAACAUCACAGCCACCCUGACCCCCACCAUCACCAAGAUCAUCAUCUCCAAACAGAUGCUCCAGGCCGGGGCUCAGCUCCACCAGAUCCCCACCUCCAUGGUGACUGUGCUCCCUGGCGGUGUGCGCACCCUGCUGCCCUCAGCCCCACGCCAGCCCCCACCUCUGCAGCAGAUGCAGCAUGCCCCUCCUCCCCCACGGCUCCAGCAGAUGGUACACUCCCCAGCCCCGCCUCCCCUCCAGGCCAAGCCCAGAGGAAGUGCUGGACCUGGGAUUCCUGUGUCCAUCACCGCGACACCUCCCCCUCCACUACAGAUCACGAUAGUCCCUGCUUCUUUGCAAGCAGACGCAUCUUUGCCCAUUAUUGUUACGACAACAGCAACCGCCAACUCAAUUUGUGUCACCAAUUCCACUGUACCUACAUCUGCUUACUCCACCCCUACAGUGGCUCUGCAAUUGGCAAAGUCCACUGACUUGACGGCCAGUGCAGAUGAGGAUGCGGUUACGGAAGAGUUCACGUCAGGCGAGAUGGAAAUGGAGUUCAAUGUGUCUCCAGGUGCCACUGAUGUGGCUUCUGGCCCUCUGACUAUGUGUGUGCGCGCAGGAUGCACCAAUCCUGCAAUAGAGAGCACGGACUGGGACAAAGAGUACUGCAGCAAUGAAUGUGUCGCCACUCACUGCAGGUGUGUGGGUUUGUAUUUAAAUGGAUAUCUUCAUGGCCUGGUGCUCCAUCAGGAAUCACAACACCAUGGUUGUCAAGUAAAGACCAGCAUUACCCAGACAAAGGGAGGAAUGUGUCUUGUUGGGUUGAGUGAUAACAGGCCUACGGUAGACCAAUUGGGGCGAGAGGAAAAGAUGGAGUUCGGAGGGGAAAAGAAAAGCACAGUGUACCACGAAGCGAUCCAUUGGAAAUCAUUUAUGAACAUUACACAUGGGAUUCAUUGACAAAUUCCUGGAUAGUUGAGACAGUGGCUGAGAUGUUUUUAUGUUUUAUUGUUUGGACGUGCAUACCUUUUUAACAGGUCUAAGUCACACUGAUAGUGUUAGAGGAUGUAGCCCAUAUGAAGGGACCUAAAGUCAUAGUGGGAUUCCAAAGGGUUCUAUUCCAGAGGGUACAUUGGAACAUAGUGCCACUAGUUUUGACAAAGCUCCAUUUGAUAUGUUCAUUGAAAUCAGGUUUGACAGAGAGAAAUUGGGAUACAAUAUUUUUUGUGAGCCAUGGCAUCCAAAAGCUUAAUGAAGUGUGCUAUCUUAACUAUUUGGAUAAACAUAUAUUUGAUACCCACCUUUUUUUUUUUGGUUGCCUUUAGGUCCUUGAAAAACAUUUGUCAGUCUCUUCUUUUUAGAGAAACAGAAUCAGAAAAAUACAAAACAUUUCAGUGAAACUGAAAAUAUGUGAUUUGGAGUAGUGUAUCAUACAAUACUCUUGUUUUCUUUUUACAUUUAGUUUAGUGCCCUCUUGGGCCAAUACUCUUACUUUUUCAUUACUCUGAAGGAAAUGUUCACUGUGUCCGUGGUGAGUAAACAUCAGCAGAAAUCAAGGUCAAAUUGUUAUUACAUUUUUAAUAAAAGAGCGAUGAAGAUAUGGA